CUUGCCAGUACUGUGGCCAGUACGUCCGACAUAACUCUGAGGAACGCACCGCUUCCCGCGCAUUUCCACAGAUAAUAAAUUAUAAUCCAGAUUUCCCGCGCUUAUGAAAGUUUAGUGCUGUGUUAUUUUAUGUGAUUAGUGUACUAUUCAUAAAGUAAAAUGCGGUGGUAUCUGUUCAGUGCUCUAGCACUGAUUAGCCUAGUCCAAGGUCAAGAUGUAAGAGAAACCUGUCUCUCUGGUGAUGAAGAGCCAUACUUAAUGUUUGGCACCAAGACUGCAUACACCUUCUCCCACAAGGGCAUACCGGUGAUGAGAUCCCAUGAGGUACCAGGAUGUCAACCAAUAGCAAUUUGGCUGCUCAACCGCCACGGCUCUCACAAUCCUGAAUCUGACGAAAUCUCCGAACUGCAGAGACUAAGUGACUUCAAGGCGAAUGUCCUCUCAAAUUAUAGGAACGGGAACUUCAGAAAUACUAAUCAACGCAUGUGCCCAUCAGACGUGAACCUCCUAGAGCGAUGGGAGUGGAACCCUCGUCAGAACAUGACAUUCGCGGGUGACCUGACCACAGAUGGCUAUAUAUCCACGCAGCAGUUGGCGCAGGCCUGGCGCUCCAAGUUCCCGGGUCUGUUGACAGAUAAUAAGUACGAUUAUUUGUUCAAAUAUGUGAACGACCAACGUUCCAGCACUACCUUCAGAGCAUUUACUGAAGGACUCUUCAGAGACCAAGCGGAAAGCAUGGAUGUUCCCAAAGAAAGUGAUGAGAAGUUGUUAAGGCCUUAUAAGUUCUGUCCAGCUUGGACGAGAGAUGUGGAAGAAAAUAACGACACACUUACGCAACUCAAGACUUUUUCAUCUAAACAGGAGUUCAAAGAGAUGAUAACAAAUAUUUCUCUCCGCCUUGGCUUCAGUUACGAUGUCAACUAUGAAACAAUUUUGAGCAUGUACGAGAUGUGCCGAUACAAUAAGGCUUGGGAUAAUGUUCAGAUCUCGCCGUGGUGUGCUGUUUUCACAAAAGAAGACUUGAUGCGUUUGGAAUACGCGGAAGAUUUAGAAACAUACUAUAAAUACGGCUACGGAACCCCGAUGAACCAAAAACUUGGUUGCACAGCGGUUAAGGAUAUGAUGGAUUUCUUUAAAAUCCACUUGGACCACGAAACACCACAACAACCAAAAGCCACGAUCCAUUUCACGGAAGCGGAGAUGAUACUCUUUACUCUAUCAGCUCUAGGAGGUUAUAGAGACACAGCACCAAUAACUGGAGACAACUACCAUACACAGACUGCGAGGGAUCGGAAAUGGGGCACGUCUAUCAUGUCACCUUUCAAUGCUAAUAUAGCAGCUGUUUUGUACAAAUGCAUCCCGAACAACAAUUUGAAAAUCAGAGAGCCGUAUCAAGUGUUAUUCUUGACGAACGAGCGCCCUCUAUACAUAGACGGUUGUAACGUUGGAUUAUGCGACUGGAGUUUAGUCAAAACACGCCUUGGUUUGGUUGCGGAUAACUGCGAAUUAAACUUCUGUAAUAGCGCAGGAAAAAUAAACGGCUUUGUUGGAGUUUUUGUUGCAAUUAUUGCUUUUUGUUACCGGCUAUUGUAUUAAUUUAUUUAUGUAAAACAUUAUGUUCAAAAUACUACCUAAGGUUUUAUUACUUACCUAAUAAAAAUAUUUCGUUACAAAUAUCUACCACCUAAGACAGGGGUUUAUAUAUAUUAAAAAAUCAACUAUGUUUUAUCUAUUGUUAGACAGCUACUGUUGCCUUUAAAUAGAGGCCCCGCUUUGAAUACGGCACUGUGCAAAUAGAAUUAAAAUAAAUAAAAAUCA